AUGGAUCAACAAUUCCUGAGUCAACUUGAAAAAACUUUGACUGCUAUCACCCAGCCAAACAAUGCUGGUAUUAAGGAGGCUACUAAGACUUUGCAGUCCCAAUUCUAUACUCAACCUUCCACUGUUCCAGCUUUGAUUCAUAUUUUACAUAACAAUGCCGAUGAUGCGUUGAAACAAUUAGCUGGUGUUGAAGUCAGAAAGAUGAUUCCAAAGCAUUGGGAAAGUCUAGAUGAUUCGAUUAAGACUACUAUCAAGACUUCUUUGCUACAAUCUGCAUUUAGUGAACAAAAAGAAAUCAUUCGUCAUUCCAAUGCUCGUGUUAUUGCAAUUAUCGGUAACGAGGAACUUGAAGCUAAUAAAUGGCCAGAAUUGAUUCCAAGUUUGAUUCAAGGUGCCUCUGGUGAUGAUGCUCAAGUUAGACAAACAGCUGUUUUUAUUCUGUUAUCCUUAUUGGAAGAAUUCAGUCCAUCCUUAGCAGUAUACAUUGACGAUUUCUUAAACUUAUUUGCCCACACUAUCAACGAUACGGCCUCACUAGAAACUAGAUCACUGUCUGCCCAAGCCUUGAAUCACAUUUCUGCUUUAAUCGAAGAAAAUGAGAACAUUAACGAACAACAGGCUACCAAGUUUGUAUCAUUGAUUCCAUCUGUUGUUAACGUAUUGGAUGCCGCUAUUAAAGCCGACGAUAACACAAACGCCAAAUUAAUUUUCAACUGUUUCAACGACUUCCUAUUGUUAGACUCUAGAUUAACUGGUAACUCUAUUGCGGAUUUGGUUAAGUUAGCUCUACAGAUUGCUGUCAACACUGAAAUUGAUGAAGACAUUAGAGUUUACUCUAUCCAAUUCAUUAUUUCUUCUCUAUCUUACAGAAAAUCUAAGAUAAUCCAAGCAAGACUAGGUCCUGAAAUUACUCAAGCCGGUCUAAAGAUUGCUUCUGAAGAAAUUGAUGUUGAUGAUGAACUGAACAAUGAAGACGAAGCAGGUGAGAACGAAGAAAAUACUCCAUCGUCGAGUGCUGUUAGAUUGUUAGCUUUUGCCUCUGCUGAGUUGCCACCAUCUCAAGUCGCCACAGUCAUCAUUGAGCACAUGACUCAAAUGUCUCAAUCUGCCAACGCUUUCCAAAGAAGAGCCAUUUUGUUAGCUAUUUCUGUUGCUGUUUCUGGUGCCCCAGAUUAUGUUUUGUCCCAGUUCGAUAAGGUUAUCCCAAUCACUAUCCAAGGUCUAAAGGACUCUGAACCAGUCGUUAAGCUAGCUGCCUUAAAGUGUGUUAGUCAAAUGACUUCUGAUUUACAAGACGAAGUUGCCAAGUUUCACGAGGAAUACUUACCUUUGAUCAUCGAUAUUAUUGAUUCUGCUAAAUUUGCUACCAUUUACCGUUACGCUACCAUUACUCUUGACGGUCUAUUAGAAUUUAUCUCUUUCUCAGCUAUUACCAAGUACUUGGAACCAUUGAUGAACAAAUUGUUCUAUAUGUUGGAAAAUAAUAACUCUUCUAAAUUAAGAUGCGCUGUUGUUUCUGCCAUUGGUUCUGCUGCCUUUGCUGCCGGUAUUGCCUUCACCCCAUACUUCAAGACUAGUGUCCAAUAUUUGGAACAAUUUAUUCAAAACUGUUCUCAACUUGAAGGUAUGUCUGAAGAUGAUAUUGAACUAAGAGCUAUGACUUUCGAAAACAUCUCUACUAUGGCUAGAGCUGUUAGAUCUGAAACUUUCUCUGAAUAUGCUGAACCAUUGGUUAACUCUGCAUAUGAAGCUAUCAAAACUGAUUCUGCUAGAUUAAGAGAAUCUGGUUAUGCUUUUAUUGCUAACUUAUCUAAGGUAUAUGGUGAAAACUUUGCUUCAUUCUUGGCCACUAUCUUACCAGAAAUCUUUAAGACUCUGGAACUUGAUGAAUAUCAAUUUAACUUCGAUGGUGACGCCGAAGAUUUGGCUGCAUUCACCGAAGAUGCUACUGAAGAAGACUUGCAAAGUAAGUUCACAGUCAACACCGGUAUCUCUUACGAGAAGGAAGUUGCCGCUGCCGCCCUUUCCGAAUUGGCUCUUGGUACCAAGGGUCAUUUCUUACCAUAUGUUGAACAAUCUAUGAAGGUUCUAACUGAACAAGUGGAUGAAUCCUAUGGUUUGAGAGAAACUGCUUUGAACACAAUUUGGAAUAUUGUUAAGGCUGUUUUACUUGCCUCAAAAAUGGAACCUGAAACUUAUCCAAAGGGUAUUCCAACCACAUCUUAUGUUGAUGGAAGUGUACUAUCUAUUAUUAAGAACGCCAGAGAUAUUUCUAUGAGUAACAUCACUGACGAGUUUGAGACUACUAUGGUUAUCACCAUUUUAGAGGAUAUAGCCAACAUGAUUAAACAGUUUGGUGCCAUCGUCAUAAUGGAUAACGGUGACUCUAGUUCCCUAGAAACUCUAUGUAUGCAAGUUUUGGCUGUUCUAAAUGGUACUCAUACUUGCCAAACUAUUGAUAUGGAGGAAGAUGCCCCAAGAGAUGAAGAUUUAGACUCAUCUGAAACUGAGGCUACUCUGCAAGAUGUCGCUCUUGAAGUCCUAGUCAGUUUAUCCCAUGCUCUUUCUGGUGAUUUCGGCAAGGUCUUCGAGAACUUCAAACCUGUUGUUCUAGGUCUAUUUCUAUCCAAGUCUAAGAACAAGAGAUCCAGCGCUGUUGGUGCUGCCUCUGAAAUUGCUCUUGGUAUGAAGGAACAAAAUCCAUACAUUCAAAAUAUGUUAGAAGCUCUGGUUGUAAGUUUAACAUCCGAUAAAUCAUUAGAGGUCAGAGGAAAUGCUGCUUAUGGUGUUGGUCUACUUUGCGAAUACGCCCAAUUCGACGUGUCUGCAGUUUACGAACACGUCCUAAAGGCUCUAUAUCAAGUCUUGAGUACAGCUGACCAAAAAAUGCUAGCCGCAGACGAUGAUGAAGUCACUAGAGAAAUCAUUGAUAGAGCUUAUGCUAAUGCUAGUGGAUGUGUUGCUCGUAUGGCAUUAAAACAUGAAAACCUUGUUCCAUUAGAACAAACCAUUCCAGCUCUAUUGAGCCACAUGCCUCUACAUACUGGGUUUGAAGAAUAUAAUCCAAUCUUUGAACUAAUAAUGAAGUUAUACCAAGAUAAUAACGCUGUUAUUAUCAAUCAAACUCCAAAGAUUGUUGAAUUGUUUUCUACUGUAUUUGUUAAGGAGAAUGAAAGAAUUAAGUUGGAACAAGAAUCUACUUUAGGUAGAGAAGAAAAUAUGGAAAGAUUAAAACAAUUCCAAACUGAAGAGAUGAAGGCUAAAGUUAUUGAGUUAUUGAAAUACUUGAAUACUACAUAUAACGGUAUUAUUGCUCAAGAACCAGUCUUGGCGGCAAUUAUUGCUUAA